UUUGUAGUACUGCUUCGUAAACUUUAUAUACAAAAUGUAUGAUUGUAUUUUCAUUUUUUAAUAGGUCUGGGACAAAAGUGAAAAUGGGGAUUGGCAUUGCACUGCCAGCUGGAAGACACAUAGUGGAUCUGUGUGGCGUGUGACAUGGGCCCAUCCUGAAUUUGGGCAGGUCUUGGCUUCCUGCUCUUUUGAUAGAACAGCAGCUGUAUGGGAAGAAAUAGUGGGAGAGUCAAAUGAUAAACUCCGAGGCCAGAGUCACUGGGUAAAAAGGACCACUCUGGUAGACAGUAGGACAUCUGUUACCGAUGUGAAGUUUGCUCCCAAGCAUAUGGGUCUUAUGUUAGCGACCUGUUCAGCGGAUGGAGUUGUAAGGAUUUAUGAAGCUCCAGAUGUGAUGAAUCUCAGUCAGUGGUCACUGCAGCAUGAAAUCUCAUGUAAGCUAAGCUGCAGUUGUAUUUCUUGGAAUCCCUCAAGCUCUCGAGCACAUUCUCCAAUGAUCGCUGUAGGAAGUGAUGACAACAGUCCAAAUAUAUUGGCUAAGGUUCAAAUUUAUGAAUAUAAUGAAAAUACAAGGAAAUAUGCGAAAGCAGAAGCUCUGAUGACAGUCACAGAUCCUGUACAUGAUAUUGCAUUUGCUCCAAAUCUUGGAAGAUCCUUCCACAUCUUAGCUGUAGCAACCAAAGAUGUACGAAUUUUCACACUAAAACCUCUAAGGAAAGAAUUGACUUCAUCUGGAGGAUUAACAAAAUUUGAAAUUCAUAUUGUCGCCCAGUUUGAUAAUCACAACUCCCAAGUGUGGCGAGUAAGCUGGAAUAUCACAGGCACAGUGCUAGCCUCCUCUGGUGAUGAUGGCUGCGUUAGGCUCUGGAAGGCUAAUUACAUGGACAACUGGAAGUGUACUGGUAUACUGAAAGGUAACGGGAGUCCUGUGAAUGGUAGUUCUCAGCAGGGAAUUUUUAAUGCCUCUCUAGGUUCAGCCAAUACAAGCCUACAGAAUUCACUAAAUGGAUCGUCUGCCAGCAGAAAGCAGAGCUGAUACCAAGCUAACUGGAGUAACUUUGGUGUUUUGCUGCUUGUUGCAUGCACACAGGAAUGGAAAACGAACUCCUUUUUCCCCUCCCCAGCGCCGUUUGACCUCUCCCGAGACACCAGCAGCCUGCUAACUACUAAAUGCUAUUCAAAAAGCCUUUUUAAAACACGUUGUGUACGUUUUUGGUACUAUCCCGCACAGUUUGAUACUGUUGGAACUCCUGAUAGAAAAAUACUUGGAGAGGCUUCUUGUUUGGAAAAAAAACCAACCAAACACAAAUAAGCAACCCAAACCCCAAAACUUCCCAUCAAAAGAUUUUUUUUUUUUUUGAAAGCUUGUCAAAUUAAAAGACUAGUUCAUGACUAACAAUGAGAAUUUUUGUCCUUGAUUGGGAUGGGAGGAGGGAAAUGGCCAUUAAAAUAAUUUUCAUUGAAAUUAUUUUGGUAACUAAUUUGUUUUGCGUUUCAUAGUGUUCAGUAUUUGAUCAAGAUUCCUAAACAUCACAAGUUUGUAACUGCUUUGUAAUAUAUGAAACUGUUUUAAAGGAAUAAGAAAACUGUGUUUUGACAAUUGUACAGAUGAUAGCUUUUAAUAGUUUGGUAUGGCUUCAUUUAUACCUUGGUAUGACUUCAAAUAAAUGUUUUGUAAGUACUGUCAUACUUUCUUCAUCCUAAGAGAAGUACUUUUUCUGAUAUGUACUUGUACAUUCCUAUGGUAGUAAUUCCAUGGAGUAACUAAAAUUCUCUAAGCAUAGUAUCCUAAAAAAUGCAAACAUUUGAGCCAUAGAAAGACUGAAACCAAAAUGCAUCUUGUGAAUUGCCCUAUAAUUUCUUUAGUUGUAUAGCUGUUCCUUUAUGUAAGUCCACAGAACUGUAAACAAGACAGAAAACAUCUGUAGGUAUCUGAUAUAGUUACACUAAAAUGCACAAAUAUUACGGGUAAGUUCUAAUAAAAACAUCACUAAAAUGACACAAAAUGGCAUAAUUCUGAGUCUUGCAUUCACCAGGAAUCUUAAAUUUACUCUGAGGGUAAGAUGUAAAUAUAUGCAAAGACUGUAUUUCAUUGAAAGUAGUUAAUCUCUGUAAAUGUGUAUUAUUAAAUUUAUUGUAAAAACAGUGAUGUUUUUACAUCUAUUCUAGAGGUGCUGUGAAGUCAAUCUGAAUUAGAUGCAUAUGCAGAAAAUGUACUUGGAUAAUAUUUAAUGUAUAUUUUGUGUCACAAAUGAAGCGUUACUAAAAGCUCUGUUAACAAAUGGCAGGAGUUCUGGGAGAAUGAAAGCCUGUUAAUAGCUGUGCUACAACAUCCUUUUGAUUUCCAAAGCAAUCUGUUCUUUUGUAAAAAUGUAUUCUAGGAUUAUUAUUAUGGUAUUCUUUUCUAUGAACCUCAGUGGAAAAGACUGUAUUAUUUUCUUUUAAAGAACAGUUUCCGGAUUUGUCUUGUUUUGAAUUACAAGCCCUGAUUUCUGCUAUUAUGUUCUAUUGGUUUUGGCAUGGAUAUACUAAAGCCUUUUUAUUUUUUCCAGCAUGUCUUUUCUCCCCUUUGGUUCUCCUUGUAUUUACUACCUUUCUCUUUUUCUUUUUUUUUUUUUUUUGUUUGUUUUGGUUUUUUGUUUUGUUUUGAUUUGUUUUUUUUGUUUUGUUUUGGUGUUUUGUUCCUUUCUUAAUUGUUUCAGGUAUUUCUUUCCCCCUCUGGAUUCCCCACGGGCUGGAUCGAGAUGGUCCAGCCAUGCCCAGCUCCUUCCUCCUCCUCCUCUGAUAGAGCACUCUUGCGAUGCUGACACUGCCAACCUCCAGUAUCCUCACCCUCGCAGACGAUGUGUAUCUCGGCCUCUUAAUCUAUUACCUGAGAAUGAAGGGGUUUAACAUGUUACUUUAUUAAAUAAACUCUGAAGGGCCUUAUUCUGCUGUUUGUGAAUGCUUCCAUUUCUGGCUGCCUUUGUAUUUCUUCUCUUGUAUGGAAGAUUUUAAAAAAUUUGGGAACUUCAUGCAUGUUUUACAGAACAAACGAUACCAUUUGGAACAUGUUUUUUAUGUUUGUGUUUCAAAGGAACAUUUUAACCUGUACCCUUUGAACUAUGGCAACACAUACAAACAGUAUCAACCACAAGUUAUUUAUGGAGUAGCUGACUUCAAUGUGCCUGUCCUUUUUUUCUUUUUUUUUUUUCAUUUUUUUUUUAAUUGGUUUAAUGGUCUUGAAUUUUUUUCUUUUUGCAUAUUGCACUGACAAAUAUGAAACAUAUUCUCAAAAUUAGACAUGACUUCAAGAAGUUGUUGAGUAACUAAAGGGUGAUAUUGGAUCAACUCUUAAAAGAAACAAAACCAUUCCUGUGUAUACUGCAGCAAAAUAGUUUUGAGUGUUUGGUUACUUGAGAGUUUUCCAUCUUGCUGUAUAAAUAUUUAAAUUUUAUAAUUGUGGUUGACUAAUAAACUUAUUGUAAAAUGUC